GGCCUAAGAUGGCUACUCAUUUUUGGCUCUGAGAAUAGUCUACCUUAUUUUGUUUCUCUGCCGGUUUAAAGUAUUUUAUACCGGCCACUAAACCAGGUUAUUGUCUUACACAACUAUAUUUUUCUCUGUUUGCCGUUUUUGUAGCCGAGAUCGUCACUUACUAGGCCACGUGUUCCAGUCUUCUUAGUCCCCCUCCAUCUAGCCCUCCAUUCCACUCUGCCAGUCUUUAGACUCGGCACCCCUGUUUUCUUGCCGGUUAAUAUCUUCUAUUGCCGGCCACUAAAUCAGGUCAGUCUGCUAUUGUUCAGUCUUCUUUUCUGGUGCUCCCUUUAUUUUUACAAGGUCCUAUGAUGGCAUCUCGUCCUGAUCAUACAGGAUCAAUGGUAGAAAAUCUAACAAAGCUAAAGCUUACUGACCUUAAGCAAGUUGCUAAACGCUUAUCUGUUGACACUAAGGGUUCAAAAACUGAACUGGUUUUGAGGCUAGAGAGAUGCGACCAGGCUGCCCUCUCCCAGGCUAUGUCAUCGCUAUUCCCCCCUGCCCCUAAAGCUGCCACAAUUCCUCCUACUGGUGCUGGACCUCAGCGCUCCACUAAUUCUAUUCCUGCUUGUCCAGUUUGUGAUAAACCAUUUACUCACAAGUCGGGUGAGGAAUCUAUUCAGUGUGAAGGGGCUUGUAAAGCGUGGUUACAUCGCUGUUGUGCUGGCUUGACAAAGUCUGAGUUUGGACUUCUCUCUCAAUCCUCUGUCCCCUUUUUCUGUGUGAGAUGUCGUCUAAAAAGUGCUGAGGAUCAGAUACUCACUCUGCAAUCGCAGGUGACAACUUUAACUAACAGGCUGGAUGCAUUGAACCCGCCUGUCCAAAACUCAUCUCCUGUCUUUCCCUCUCCUGACUCAAAUAGAGUCUCUCAUUCUUCUAUUCCCCAUCCGAGUCAAGACUCCUCAACCUCUAAGAGAAAAUUCAAUGUCGUGUUAUAUGGAAUAUCUGAAUGUCCUGAGGGAAUGCCCCGUCACCAGCGGAUCUUGAAUGAUCUUGAGAAGAUUCAGACAAUUAUCUCUUCUCUUGAUUGUGCUGUCAACUCUCAUUCUAUCAGAGAUUGUCUUCGGCUGGGUAAAUACAGUGUCAGUAGGCCAAAGCCUAGACCACUGUUAGUCCAUCUAAACAGAGUCUCUGAUGUCCAAGCCAUUCUUAGUAAGAGGUCUUCAGUCCCCCCUCCUCAUGUUAUCAGGCCAGACUUACCUCCCUCUUUAAGAACUCAAGAGCGGGUACUGCUUCAUGAAAGGAAGUCUCUCAUUGAGUCUGGAGUGAGCCGUCAGUCUAUCAAAAUCAAAGACUCCUCUAAGAUCUAUGUAGACAAUACCUUAUGGGGGUCUGUUUCUGGUAGCGAGUUUACUAGGAGCUCUGUGAAUGGUGAUACUUCUCUGGACCCUGGAGAUGAAAGCUCUCCUGACCUUAGUGCCGAUAAUGAUCCCCAUCCUGGAAAUAAUCCUAAUUCCCUUCCUGUUAUCACUGUGUCCCCCCGGUCGCCUGGUUCUCCAGCUAGUCAUUCUGAUGAUUGACUAGCAUCAGUAUGUCUCUGGAAUGCCAGGAGCAUUGUCAACAAGUUAUCUAUCUUCCAUUCAUUUGUUUACUCGUCCCCCUUUCUAAUCAUUGGUCUCACUGAGACUUGGCUCACUCAGUCUGUGCUUGACAGUGAGGUACUGCCCAAUAAUUUUACUAUUUUUCGUCAAGACAGGUCUAGUAGGGGUGGUGGAGUCCUCCUUGCAGUGCAUUCCUCUAUUCCCUGUUCUUACCUGCCCUCUCCCCCUGAGCUGGAAAUUGUUACUGCACUAUGCCACCUCAAGUCGUUCUCUGUCACCAUUUGUCUUGUCUAUGUACCCCCCAA